CACUCUUUGAUUCUCAUAUAUUAACCUUUGUAUCAUCCAGACGCCCACCUCUGACUUUCUGUCGUGCCACCCUAUUGCCCUCGUGCCCAACUCUGCGGCCCUCACCUCAUCGGAAUACCUGGCACGCACAGCUGCGCCCAUGGCUCUCUCUCAAAACAGGAUCCUUCUGCACUCUUGAUUGCGGGUUUGGCCCGAGGACCCUGAACCCUCCAUGUCGUUCAUCCCGUAUUCCAUCCAGCGGCGGGUCCUUCGCUAUGCCCUAUCUCAUAUCGAUGUGCUCGACACCGACGCACUUGACCUGGACAGCUUGGACAUCGCGUGGGGAAGGAAGAACGUCGUAGAGCUUCGCGAUGUCGCGCUGCGCACACAGAAAUUGCUAUCGAUUCUCCAUCUACCCCCGAAUUUCGAGCUAUCCAAAGCUACCGUACGUCUUCUCCGGGUGUCCAUCCCAACUGAUCUUCAUGCGACACCCAUCCGAGUCGAGGCGCGAGGUGUCGAGCUCAAAAUCACCAUUAAGCCGGCGGCACAAGCUGGAACAGGACAGCCUAGUCCAUCUAAGUCGAGUGCUCACGGCGAAGAGGAAGGCCUUCCGACUGCUCAAGAUUUGGCAAAGUCCUUCUUAGCUGAGGAACCGGCAGACGAGAAGAAAGAAUUAGAAGCGGCCUUGGAGUCCCAGUCGAUGCACCUUUCCGACUCGGAAUCUGAAGACGAUCUUGCUUUCGGCACUGGGACUGGCAUCAGUCUCCCCAUUUUCCUGACGAGCUGGUUAAAGGGCGUUGGCGACAGGUUAGAAUUGACCGUCCGGGAUAUUGACUGCUUUCUUGAUCCUGGUCCUCUAUCAAACGAAAGUUUUCCCGCGAUAAGCAUCAAGGAUGACUAUGAAGCAUGCCUUCGACUUCACAUCGACGAUAUCGGGAUCGAAGGGGUUACUACCGGGUCAUCUCCAACUCCUCAAGUAAAAGAACCUGGUCCUCGGAGACGAGUGGUACUCCAAAAUGUGAUUGCCUCAUUGAUUGCGGACUCAAGGUUGUUCAAUACGCAAACUACGUCCACCGUACCGUCUGUCGCAUCCCCGUCAGCCAAUCGUUCUGUUUCAGGGAGUGCGACCUCGGGAUCUCUACCCGGUUCAGAAAUUCGGCAUAGAACGUCGUCUCCGCAAACUUCUCGAUCCGCCGUCCGCAGUCCCACAGCUUCCAUUUCAGGCCACUCUCCGACGAUUCGGCAAAAUCGUUCGGAAAGUCUAAGGGAUUCGAUUAUUACCCAAGAUGCCGACCGAUUCGCCGAUGCAGAUGACGAUGGUCAUGAUCCGGUUUCAACGCGGAAUGUUAGCUCUAUGCCUCUUCCCGGCGAUAACGGCUCCCCCACGAUCUUGGAGCGCGAGAUUGACGACGUUGGCAUAGCCUCCGUCGGAGACUCUUUUUGGGAAGACGAUCCAGAACUGACACAGUCUGUAUCAUUCCAUGAUUGGCGAACCCGAAGGCAACUUCAAAGCCGCCGGUCUGCUUCUGAUAGUGGGAGUUCUCAGUCCCUACCACUGCGGCUUGCCAAUCUCGUGACUUCAGCAAAUACUGAUGCGCCUCUCUGGUCGUCAAGGUCUUUGGAUCACGUAGCGGAAGGUCAAGGGAUUCUACUCUCUCAGUCGGAACCACUCGCCGCUAAAUCAUCACUGCCAUCUGACGAGGCAUCCAGCCAGGGCUCUGGCAUCCAUUAUCAUGAACCGUCAUUAACAAAAGUUCCAUCGUCAGGCAAUUCUUCAGGCUCCGACAUGGGCGAACUUGCCGAGUCCCAAUUGUUCACUCACGAGCAGGCCGAAAGUAUGUAUAUGAGCGCAAUGAGCCAAGCACCUCCCCAGGUUGACUCGAGACAUGGAGUCCCUGGUGCGUGGGAGGCAUCUCCGCCCGUAUCUGACUCUGGACAACCCACUAUUGCGGAUGUCUCGGGGGCGGGACCAUCUCAGCCUCCUACACAAGAUUCGGAUGAGCGAGACUGCGUGACGCCAAGACCUAGGAGCCCAACGUCGGACGGGGGCGCGAAUACCACUACAUCCUCCUUUUUUGCACCUCCAGUCCACGAUGAUGGCGUGGCCGAAAGCGUUCAACCGGUCGACGAGAAUACGGAAGGUUUGCCAAAGACUGUCCGCGAUUUUCUCAAAGUGGACGAGCUUCUUGUCUGGAUUCCCUCCGAAGAAGAGGUCGAUCCGCCUGUGGCCGGGCCUUCAGAAGAUGCGCCGAAGCAUCGACCCUCAGAAAUGACGUUACCAAACACGGGCAUCGAAGGAUCGUUCUCCCAAUAUGCAUCUGCCACCGCAGCACGGCGUCGACCCUCGAUCAAUGAUCCUUGGCAGUCUACUGCGUCCAUUCGAGCUGAUAGCCGUUCGGAAGAAUCGGGUACCGCCUUUGAAGCUAAAAAUCCACUGGGGUUAGAGGCAUCGACGAUAACUUCCCACCUGGAUACUCUUACAAGUCGUAUCCUGUCCGUCCUCAUCCUAAAGCUUCUCCGCCAGCUAGACACUGGAUUGUCCACGUCGGAUUCGUCGGAUCCGUCGGAUGCAUCCCCAAGCCACACACCUGCACCUCUGAAUUUCCAGGUCAAGGACUUUAUCUUAUCGUUUGUUGAAGAAAUGUCAGAAAGUAUCGACUGUGAUCCUGACCCAGACAACUAUCCUUCACCGAAUCGACGAGCCAUCCUCGUUGUGGAUAUGAAAAAUAUUGACAUUUCUAUUGACGACUUUCUGCACCCGUGUAAAUGUCGCUUAGAUAUCGGACGUUUUGAGCUUGGGAAUACAAGUUACAAGAUACUUUCCUUUGAUGACUCGGCAAGCUUGAGAACAUCCACUAGGGUGCUGAAGGAAGUCCAAGCGAAAGCUAUAUCUGCAUGGGUGCACAAAAAGGCGAAUACCUUCGAUAUUGGAGUUUCCACGCUUCCAGUUAUCUUCAAUUUGGAUAUGCCUCUAUUGGACGAAACAUUGAGUGCAUUUGGAGGGUUGAGCGGAGUCCUGGAAUUGAGCAAUUCGAUCAGUUCGAACAGUCCUACUCCAAUUAUUACGCCGAAGAAACCCAAAUCGCAGGGUGUUCAUUUCGCUCCUUCAACUCCGACCGUGAGCCCGCCCACGAGCGAUGCUGCAGCCAAAAUAAAACUGAAUGCCCGUAUUGCGGGCUUUACCUUCACUCUCGCCGGCAGGUCUGCUUCCGUUGCGCUUCGAACGACCGCCAUUAAGCUCGUGUUCCGGGAGACCGUUUUUGGCGCGCAGAUAGAUGCCGUUCGAUUGACAUGCGCAAAUGACUUUUCAGGGCAGAACGGCCCCCCUGUUACGGUGGAUAUCGACAACUCGCGUCUCGAAUUCCGUUUCGCACCGGAAGAAUCAGACCUGACGAGGCUCGUGUCCCUGAUUACCCCAUCCAAGGACAAGUAUGAGGAUGAUGACGACAUAUUGCUUGAGAUCCUUUUGAGACAACGCAAAAGAGGCCCUGUUGUUCGCUUGACGUCCUCUGCUGUCCGCAUCAACAUCGUCAACCCUGAAGGCCUUGAUCAGAUGCGGUCGUUGAACGAAGAGAUCACCAAACUUUCGACCGUCACCAAGUACCUCCCUGAAGAUGAUAGUCCCGGGCCGUUGAUCCUCUGUCUUAUCAAGGAUAUCGACCUCGAAAUGCCCGUAAAUGCUCGCUUUGGGAGUGCUCGGGUGAAGUGCAAAAACGCUCAGGUUGCACACGUCGUCUUCCCACCCCUUUCAGCCGUAGAGGUCGGCACUAUUUCGGUUUUCCGAGGCGACGAUGAAGAAAUCAUCAAACCGGUCCUACGUUUCCCGGCCUCCGAGGACUCUGCCAUGAUCAUGGCGCGCAUGGUUGGCGGCGAGAUGGAGCCGACGGUUAAAAUCAAACUGCACAACCUUUGCUGUGAAUACAAUGUCAGUACUGUCAUGGCAAUACUUGGUCUUGACGAAGAAGGAACAGUUGAAGAACUCACAACGGAACUCGCAUUAUCUAUCGCCACAAUCACGAUGGACUCUGAGAAUGUGUCGACCCGACAACCUAGCCCAGAGAAGCUCGAGCGAAAACCAUUACAAUUGGAUAUUUUGCUCCGAGAUUGUGCGGUGGGGUUAAACCCGUAUGAUUCUACUGCAAAGGCACUGUUUCUUUGUACGAACACCAGGCUCCAUGGCGCGCUGCCCAUCGAUCACCCUAUCAAGGCCGUCCUGGAUAUCCGAAAGGCAUCUUUGCUGCUGAUUGACGACGUUGAGAGGUUAGAUGAAUUCGUAGAAAGACCCCCAAGACAACCGGCGAUGACCUUUGGCGAAAGCAAGCAUGCACGAGAUCUACAAGAUCAAGGCUAUGUUUCCAUUGGUGUCAUCUCUGCUGCCCAGGCAGUAAUCCAGGUCGAUGAGGCCGCUGAUGGAGCAAAGGCAGUUGAGGUGGACUUCAAAGAUGAGCUGUUCGUAAUGGAAACAUGUGCCGACUCGACUCAAACUCUCAUCGGUAUGGCCAGCGGGUUGAAGCCGAAAUCCCCACCAAUAAGCGAAGAACAGAAGUAUCGAACACAGGUGGUGCCCAUGGAGGACAUGAUGGCUUCGUUUACUGGCGAUGCAUUUGUGGAGAAAGAAGAACUCGAAGAAGAAUCGCGGUCUCCGGAUGAGGUCGACCUAACUGCCGAUGAUUUCUUCGCCGACAUGGAGUUUGUGGGCAGUUUCUACCAUCCGAAUUCUGAUCACGCUUCAGAUCGAGUUGAUCAAUAUUCUCUUGGAGAACGCCGACCCCUGGGGCCAAGGACGAGUGGACGGAAUAUCAACAGAGUCGGUGCAUUUCAAGGCACGAUCCUGGCCGAAUCUACACCCGAACGCAUAGAUUUCGAAGAGAAUCACAUUAUUUCACAUCCUCGGAUUCGGCGCGGACGAGUGAAGUGGGACUCGAUAAACAACAAGUUCCUCGAUCCCGACGAAUCCAAUCGCAAAUGUGCACCUCUCAAACUCCGCGUUCGAGACGUUCAUUUCAUUUGGAACCUUUUCGAUGGCUACGACUGGCCCAAAACCCGGGAUGUCAUUGGAAAAGUUGUCCAGGAUAUUGAGUCUAAAGCGGAGGAACGCCGCCGGAAACGACGCAUCUCCGCAGAGCCUGAGGAUGAAGAGUCUGCCGUUGGGGAUUUUCUCUUCAAUUCUAUUUGGAUUGAAGUGCCCCCGAAUCGCGAAGCCGCGGACCUCCGUCGUCAUAUCAACCGAAACAUUGACGAUGCAGCAAGCGAAUCGGAAAGUUAUGCUGUCUCAAAUUCGACCACAAGGACUGCAACCAGACAGAAUCCGGCUCCACGAAAACGCAGGAAGCUCAGAUUGGAAAGAAGCCAACACCACAAGAUCACUUUCGAAUUAAAAGGAAUAUCGGUUGAUCUAAUAGUAUUCCCUCCCGGUUCCGGCGAAACGCAGCAGUCCCUGGUUUUGCAGGUUCAUGACCUGGAAAUCUUCGAUCAUGUACCGUCAUCAACAUGGAAGAAGUUCUGCACUUAUAUGCACGACGCUGGCGAACGAGAAACCGGUAGGCCGAUGAUACAACUGCAAGUUUUGAACGUCCGCCCUGUACCCGAACUCGCCGCUUCAGAGCUAGUUAUCAAGGUAAAUGUAUUGCCACUGCGUCUCCAUGUGGACCAAGACGCGCUGGAGUUCAUCACGCGAUUCUUCGAGUUCAAGGACGACACAAAACCACACAAGGGAUCAGCUACCCCCAGCGAUGAUUUGUUCAUCCAGAGGAUGGAGAUCAAUACUGUCCGACUCAGAUUGGACUACAAACCGAAGAAGGUCGACUACACGGGCCUACGAUCUGGUCACACCACCGAAUUCAUGAACUUCUUUAUCCUUGACCAAGCCGAUAUUCUCCUUCGAAGAGUCAUCCUCUAUGGCGUUUCUGGACUCGAUAGGCUCCACAACAUGCUGAAUGAUAUCUGGGUGCCCGAUGUCAAGAGAAAUCAACUCCCCAAGGUCUUGGCUGGACUGGCUCCGGUUCGACCCUUCGUCAAUGUUGGCGGCGGUGUGCUUGACUUGGUUACCAUCCCCCUGCGAGAAUACAAGAAAGAUGGUAGAAUAGUCCGAAGCAUUCAGAAAGGAGCCGCUUCAUUUGCCCGAACCACCACGGGAGAAUUGGCCCGGCUAGGAGCUAAAGUUGCUUUUGGAACGCACGACUUGCUCUCUGGCGCGGAAGGCUUGCUGUCACCUACCACUGUUGCAGGGCCAUCCACGCCCCGUGGUGAUUCGGACUGGGAAGUAGCGUCUUAUCCACCAGGGAGCAUUUCUCCUGCGACGGAUGCUCAGCGGGCCGUCUCUCAUUAUUCAAACCAACCGAUGGGCGUGUUCGCAGGAUUACGAGGGGCUGCAAGGAGUUUGGAGCGAGACCUGUUGACGACCCGAGAUGCCAUUGUGGCGGUACCGGCGGAGGUGAUCGAGAGUGAAAACCCCACUGGUGCAGUAGCAGCGAUGGCGCGAAGAGCGCCAACAGUUAUUCUACGACCCGUCAUCGGAGCGUCCAAAGCAAUUGGAUUGACUCUGUUAGGGGCAAGCAAUGCGCUGGAUAAGGACAGUCAAAGGAAGAUGGAUGAGAAAUACAAGCGAUAUUGACCAUAACGGUUCCAGACGCGGUGCGUUGCGAGACGAUUGAUGAUUUGAUAUUGCAUAGCGAGUGGAUUUUGAGGCACACCUUCUAGCGCAUAGCAUGAUCGGCAUUUGGACACGGCGUCAGAGAAUUGAAGACUACGAAAUAUACAUGGCAACUCGGGUCGAAGAGGACCGGAAGU